ACAUUUUCAUACAAUUUACAAAAAAAAAAAUUAAAAUUCUCAAGAUUUCCAGUUUCAUCUCUUCACCACCCACCCCUAUCUCUGUUUCUUGUUUUGGUUAGCUGGAAUUUUGCAUUCAAGGUUUGUUCGUCGUACUUCUGAAAGCUAGGUUCAUGUCUGAGCUCGAUAUCCAAGUCCCUACCACCUUUGAUCCGUUCGCUGAUGCAAAUGCUCAGAACUCAGGCGCUGGUGCGAAGGAGUAUGUGCAUAUCCGAGUUCAGCAGAGAAAUGGAAGGAAAAGUCUGACUACCGUUCAAGGCCUAAAGAAAGAAUUCAGCUACAACAAGAUUCUCAAGGACCUCAAGAAGGAGUUCUGCUGCAAUGGUACCGUUGUGCAAGAUCCAGAACUCGGACAGGUUAUCCAACUUCAGGGCGAUCAGCGGAAGAAUGUGUCAACCUUUCUCAUACAGGCUGGCAUUGUGAAGAAGGAUAACAUCAAGAUUCAUGGUUUCUAAACACAAUCAAAGAAAGGGGAUUGAUGCACAUUUUGUGAUUGCAACUUUCCAGUUUGUUCACAUUAUAUCAAGCGCGCUACGAGCAACGUUUUUUU